AUGCGGCGAAAAUGGGCCGCGGUGGCCCUUCUGAGUAGUACCGGCUGGAUGUUCUUGCACUGCGGCCAAAAGGUGGCUUUCUCGAUGCAGGCCCCAGCCCCGGCGCGCCCCUCCAAAGUGCAGGGGUACACCCCAACGCCGUCCCACUGUUUGGCUGGAGCUGCGUUGGUGGCAAUCACGCUGAGAUGCCCGCUUUGGCGGCCCGAUCGACGACGCGCUGCGCGGUCAGCAGGUCUCAAACUCUUUGGGCCGGAGGGCCCCACUGUACUGCUAAGCAGUGCAUCGAUUGGGGUGGCCACAGGCUGCGCGGUGGUGGUCUUUGAGCUGAUCAUCAAGGAACUGGAGGAGCUCAGGGAGGAGCUGCCGCUGCCGGUGCUGGCACCGAUCCUGGGUGCUUUGGCGCUCGCGGCAAUCUUCACCGCCUUCGGGGGCAAAGACAACCUUGCUGGCACGGACAUCAAAUCUUUGAAGUCAUAUGCAGCUGCAGGUGGCCCGGAGCCGCCGGAGAACUGGCCGCUGCGGGCGGCCUUCAAUGCCUUGUCCGCCGCGCUGACGCUGGGCUCCGGCAACUCCCUGGGCCCGGAGGCGCCCGCGGCCACGCUGGGCCCGGGCCCCCGGGUGAAAUUCCCUGCGAAUGGCAUGGUGCUGGGCGCUUCUUUGCUGCUCGGCCAAAGGGGGAACUCAGUUGCCGUUCCCGUUGGGGCAGCCACCACGCCGCGGCUCAUGCGCCGAGUGGCUGCCGACGGUGAAAUCGGCUUCCUGGAUAUGGCGGGCGAGGCUGUGACAACAGUGGAUGAUCACCACCCGCCGCCAUGCCGCGAAGAGUACAAGUGCGACCGCGAGAAAAGCCGACACAAGUCGAACAUGCGUAUUGCUGUGUACACAUACAACAUCGGUGGCUAUGAAGCAAUGCGCAGCGAGUACGUUCCCUGCGUACCAAAGGAGGUAGAUGCCUUUUUGUUCAUGGAUGAUGUGGGCAUGCGGCGUUUCGGGCACACGGUGAAGCGCUGGCAAGAAGUGGGCUGGCACAUCCGGAACUACUCCCAGGUCACAGGAACGAAGCAUGUGUCUGGACCGCGGCUUACGAGCAAGUCAUUGAAGUUCACUCCGCCAUCCUGGUUGCUGAACGGCACGUGGCACUGGUUGGUGGAGUACGACGGGAACAUCGUGCUGGACCUGCACCGCCUCGAGCCCUUCCUCCGCAAAAAGCGGAAGCGGUCCCUGGUGCUGCUGAAUUGGGGGUACCACACUGACUGCCCCGGCGAUGGCUUUAAAUGCUUCAUGACCGAAGUGUCCAGCAUGCUGACGGAAAGGUUGCAAUAUGUGGCAUCAUCCAAGGAGAAUGUGGUGAAAUGGAAGGAUCUCUUGGAGAAGAUGCACGUGGGAAAGCUCACGCAUGCGGGCAGGAAAUAUUUGCCGCCGAACUACUAUGAGACCAAUGUGAUCUUCCGGAACCUGAAGCAUACCAAAGCGAAGAAGGUCAGAGAUGCCUUCGAGAAGACCUUCCUCAAGUGCCAGGAGAUCCAACGGGACCAAUUUCUGCUGCCCUUCUUCCUGUGGCAAGAUGAGCUGAAUCAUGCGACGGAGGCGGUGCCUAUCCAGAACCUGACGGAAGAAGUGGGCUACUGUAUGGUGAGCACCCGCGUCUUCUCGAUUGUCGGCACUCAGGCUACUCUGGAUGAGGCACCUGCGGCAGGUCAGAUGCCGGAAGAAGAGGAUCGGGUGCUGAUCGAGAAAGCCCUGGCGGGCUCGAAGGUGGUGGCAAGCCUUCCGGGCAAGGAACUUGACCGCCUGCUGACUUUCUUCCGCGAGGUGCGCUUCAAAGCCGGCGACACCCUCAUGACGCACGGCGAUCAGGUCGACGACGAAGAACCUGGCCUCUUUGUUACGAAGUCAGGUGAACUGGAUGUGUAUGUGCCAGAAGGUGCAGGGGAGAAGAAAGUCUUCGCCUACACCGACAGCGGCUCGGUGGUGGGCGAGCUCGCGGUGCUGUUCCGGGCGCCGCGCGCCGCCACGGUGAAGGCCAGGAGCGACGCGGUGCUGUGGAGCGUGGACCGCCGCUCCUUCGAGGCCUGCGGCGGGCGCUCCGAGGGCUCCUUGGCCAGGAUCAAUCAGAACCCGGACGCGCUCUUGGCCUCCGGUGCUGCCGCCGGUGUUGCUGCGGGUUUCAAUGCGCCAAUCGCCGGCAUUUUCUUUGCAGCUGAGGUGGUGCGACCUGCAGAUGACAACCAGCUGGAUCUGACUACCAGGCUUUUGGCUGCAGCUGUCAGUGCAGCAGUAGUUCAGUCCUUCUUUCCUGGCGGGCCCGCCAUCAAGGCCACCCAGUUCGAGUGGGAUGGCGGGAACUUUGAGCUCUUGUUCUUCCUGCUGCUCGGUGUGCUUUCAGGAUUUGUGGCCUAUGGCUACAAGAAAGUGGUGGCCAGGAGCCGGGACGUGAUGGACUUCAUGAAGCAAGGAGGUGUGCCCAGCGUUUGGUUGCCUAUGGCGGGCGCGGCAGUGACGGUGCUCCUCUCGUUGGUCACCUGCAGCCGCGUGCAGUUCGACGGUUUCGGGGCGGUGAACGAGGUGCUGAAGGACGCCUCCGCGCCGCUGCAAGCGGCUGCCUCCAACCUGUCCCUGGAGCCUUUGAUGCAGGAGCGGGGCUCCGUGGGGCUGCUGGGCGCGGGGGCGCUGCUGGCCAUCAUGGUGCUGAAGCUGAUUUGCACCGCCUUCUCUUCCACGACUGGCCUGGUGGGAGGUACAUUUGCUCCCUCGAUCUAUAUCGGCGCCUGCUUGGGCGGUGCGCUCGGACGGCUGAUAGAGGGUGCGGCCUUCGCGCACUCCGCCACUCCCACGUAUAUCGUCGUGGGCAUGGCCGCCAUGCUUGCUGCCAACUGCAGCGUUCCGAUCACCUCCGUGGUCUUGGCUGUGGAGCUGGCCGGCGGAGAAAGCUACGAGGCCACACUGCCACUCAUCACUGGCAUCGGCGUUGCGCUGUAUGUGUCGGCGGUGUUCCUGCCUGCAUUGCUGGACGGCCUGGAUCGGGACUCCGCGCUGAAGAGGCUCGGAGAAUCAGCGACAGAGACUGGCAUGUGA